CACCAUGUUUGACGCAUGCAUGCCCUUUUCUCCAAAUGCUGUGAGAGGUUCUCUAUAAAAUGGCCUGAUGCCUGGCCAAAUCCCUCAUCUCCGAUCCUCCAUUACUAGCUUACAGCUGAGUGCGAAGUGGUCGGUGUAGAAGAUGAGGAGCGGCGGCCUUGUGGUGACCUUCCUGGCCUUGGUGUUUCUUGUCAGCCUCUCCACUGCCCGUGUAGACCCUCACCUCCUCCUCCUCCUCCCCAGCCAAGGAAACGGAGAGGGAUUAGCGGGAGAGAAGCCAUGGGCGUGCUGCGACAUGUGCCUCUGUACGAGGUCGUUCCCGCCGCAGUGCCGGUGCACCGACGAGUUGAUCGGAGGCUGCCACCCCAACUGCAAGAACUGCCACUGCACCAGGUCGUUCCCGCCCAAAUGCUACUGCCGCGACAUCAUCUACGAGGACUGCGGCGACCGCUGCCACCCGUAGCAGUAUAUGGCUCUUGCGCCGCCCUCGCCGCCGCUGCUUGCCGAUGCAUGGAUUUGCUGGAAUAAGAGCGGAAACUGUUUGUAGUAUCUUCUCUCAGCCUGAUAUCGCUGGUCAUGGCCUUCGCUGUAAGCGUUAUCUGGCUGCUGAAUCAUCCUCGCAAGCUAGUGGUUUGGUGUUCUUAA